GUGAUCUCCAUGGUGAUGGUGGCGGUGGGGGUCUAUGCCUGGCUGCUGAAGCACGCAGAGGCGACCAUGGCGUGCCUGGUGGUGGACCCCGCCAUCCUGCUCAUCGUGGUUGGUGUCCUCACCUUCCUCAUCACCUUCUGCGGCUGCAUUUGCUCCCUUCGGCCAUCACUCUCCUCUCGCCCGCAGUUCUCCGUCUGCCUGGCCAUCAUCUUCCUCCUGCAGCUGGUGGCCGGUGUGCUGGGCUUUGUCUUCUCCGAUAAGGCGCGCGGGAAGGUCAGCGAGAUCAUCAACGGUGCCAUCAUGCAUUACCGGGAUGACUUGGACCUGCAGAACCUCAUCGACUUCGGGCAGAAGGAGUUCAGCUGCUGUGGGGGUGUCUCCUACAAGGACUGGUCCCAGAACAUGUACUUCAACUGCACCAUGGACAACCCCAGCCGGGAGCGCUGCUCCGUCCCCUUCUCCUGCUGCCUGCCGGAUGACGACGGGGUUGUCAUCAACACCAUGUGUGGACGCGGCAUACAGGCCAUGGGCUACGUGGAAGCCAGUGCGGUCAUCUACACCCAUGGCUGCAUCGACAGCCUGGUCAACUGGAUCAACAGCAACCUCUUCCUGCUGGGAGGCAUCGCGCUGGGGCUGGCGGCCCCACAGCUGGUGGGCAUCCUGCUGGCUCAGAUCCUCAUCAACCAGAUCAGAGACCAGAUCAAGCUGCAGCUCUACAACCAGCAGCACCGGGCAGACCCCUCGUACUGA